GAGGAGGAGGAGGCGGGGACACAGGCGGGGCCGCCUCGGAGCAGCAGCUGCUGCUGGUGCGGUUGCAGGAGGAAGCGGCUGGUCCCUUGAGGCUUACGGAGAAAUCACGGUGGAGCGGGCAAGGUCCAGGGACCAGAAAUCGAGAGUCAUUUUUUGUAUGGCUGCUUCGGAAUUGCUGACAGUCCAGCUUGCUUUCCUGUUCAUCGGACCGGCCUGAAACAAGAGGUAGGGCUGUGACCCUCACGACAAUGCAAAGAAGUGGACCCAUUGACAGAAAACGCCAAAUACCUCCUACCUGCUGCCAGCCCUUCCGAUAGGGGUGUCUCAGAUUUUGACUAAACCGAUUUUUUCAUUGGAGAAUCCUGAGCGACAGAGCGUGUUGCAUUGUUGGAGAGGGGAAGGACAUCCCCGUAUAAUUCAGCUUUGGUGGAUGAAAGGAUUUUUAAAAACUCUUCUCUCCGUUUUUCUUGAGGAUUAAUCCCGAAGGAUUCGCUGUGAGUGGGGAAACAGAGCAAGACAUGUAAUGUGGCAGAGAACUGGACCGGCUUCAGGAUGAAUCUGGACACCUCACUUAGUAUAGGGCUGUGCUAUAGCUCCCAGAUGCCUUACCUUACUCUCUGCCCCCCUUUUCCGUAAACUGUUUCUCCAUUCCCCGUCAAAUUCCACUUCCAAAGAGAUCCUUUGGAACUCAGGAGUGGCUAGCUAAGGAGUAGAGAACAAAAUACCAGGAGAAAAGGAAGGGCCACAUGUUCUUUCCCUUCCCAGGAGCAGCUAUGAAGUGCUGUUUCCAAGCUCUGGCUUCCCUGGUGUUACUGGGUGUGGUGUCAGCACAGAGACAAGUCACUGUUCAAGAGGGACCACUUUAUCGCACGGAAGGCUCCCACAUCACCAUUUGGUGUAAUGUCAGUGGCUUUCAGGGACCCUCUGAGCAGGAUUUCCAGUGGUCCAUUUACCUGCCUUCUGCACCUGAGCGGGAGGUGCAAAUUGUCAGCACCAUUGACUCUUCCUUCCCAUACGCUAUCUAUACCCAGAGAGUACGGAGUGGGAAGAUCUAUGUGGAGAGAAUCCAAGGCAAUUCAGCCUUACUGCAUAUCACAGAAUUGCAGGCCCGGGAUGCUGGGGAGUAUGAGUGCCACACACCCAACACAGAUGAGAGGUACUUUGGAAGCUAUAGUGCCAAGAUGAACCUCAUAGUGAUCCCAGAUUCCCUUCAGGCAACAGCGACACCCCAGACGCUUCAGAAGGUGGAGCAGGACUCUUUGGAACUGAGCUGUGAGGUGGCCACGGAGACAUCGCAGCACAGCCACCUCUCAGUUACCUGGUACAGGCAGAGGGCUGGCGAGAAGCCCGUGGAGGUGAUCUCUCUGAGCAGGGAUUUUGUGCUCCAUUCUAGCAGUGAAUAUGCACAGAGGCAGACCUUGGGAGAGGUCCGCCUGGACAAGUUGGGCGAGACCACCUUCAGGCUCACCGUUUACCACCUGCAGACAUCUGACCAAGGCGAGUUCUACUGCGAGGCUGCUGAGUGGAUCCAGGAUCCUGACAAGUCAUGGUACCCCAUGACCCUCAAGCGUUCGGAAGGAGCUGUGGUCAAUGUCCAGCCAACUGACAAAGAGUUCAGUGUUCGACUAGAGACAGACAGACGGCUGUACACUGUUGGUGAGCCAGUAGAGUUCCGCUGCAUCCUUGAGGCUCAAAACGUUCCUGACCGCUACUUUGCCGUCUCUUGGGCUUUCAACAGCUCCCUCAUUGCCAGCCUGGGGCCCAACGCGGUGCCUGUGCUUAACAGUGAAUUUGCUCAACGGGAAAGCCGGGGCCAGCUCAAGGUGUCCAAAGAGAGUGACAGCGUCUUUGUGCUGAAGAUCUACCACCUCCGCCAGGAGGACAGCGGUAAAUACAACUGCAGGGUGACAGAGCGAGAGAAAACGGUGACUGGCGAGUUCAUCGACAAAGAAAGCAAGCGCCCCAAGAACAUUCCCAUCAUUGUGCUUCCACUCACAGAUAUCUGGGUAGUAAAAGUCCCCCAGCACCAUCAGAUGCUGCCCCAAGGCCACUUGGAGAGCAGCAUUUCGGUGGAAGUAACCAGUAAUGCCAGCACCAUCCUGGAAGGAGAGAAUCUUCACUUUUCUUGUAGUGUGAGAACAGCAGACAGAGCCCAGGGCCGCUUCUCGGUCAUCUGGCAGCUGCUGGACAGACGGAAUCGGCGAAAUAACAUCAUGUGGCUGGACAGAGAUGGUACGGUGCAGCCUGGCUCUUCCUAUUGGGAGCGCAGCAGCUUUGGAGGCGUCCAAAUGGAACAGGUGCAGCCCAACUCAUUUACCUUGGGCAUCUUUAACAGCAGAAAGGAGGACGAAGGCCAGUAUGAAUGCCACGUGACUGAGUGGGUGCGAGCCGUGGAUGGUGAAUGGCAGGUCGUUGGAGAGCGGAGGGCUAGCACACCUGUCUCCAUUACCGCUCUGGAGACUGGCUUUGCUGUCACGGCCAUCUCUCGCACCCCUGGGGUGACCUACAGUGAAUCAUUUGACUUACAGUGCAUCAUUAAACCCCAUUACCCAUCGUGGGUCCCAGUGUCGGUGACCUGGAGGUUCCAGCCUGUGGGCACCAUUGAGUUCCACAACCUGGUGACCUUCACCCGGGAUGGUGGGGUUCAGUGGGGGGACAGGUCCUCUAGCUUUCGAACUCGGACUGCCAUUGAGAAAGCAGAGUCCAGCAACAACGUACGUCUGAGCAUCAGUCGGGCCAGCGACACCGAGGCUGGUAAAUACCAGUGCGUGGCUGAGCUUUGGAGAAAGAAUCACAAUAGCACCUGGACCCGCCUGGCAGAGAGGACAUCCAACCUGCUGGAGAUAAGGGUGCUGCAGCCAGUGACAAAACUACAAGUGAGUAAGUCUAAAAGGACGAUCACCUUGGUGGAGAACAGGCCGAUCCAGCUGAAUUGUUCGGUGAAGUCUCAGACGAGCUUGAACUCGCACUUUGCAGUCCUCUGGUACGUCCACAAGCCCUCCGAUGCUGACGGAAAGCUCAUCUUGAAAACCACCCACAACUCUGCGUUUGAGUACGGUACCUACGCCGAGGAGGAGGGCCUUCGGGGGAGGCUCCAGUUUGAGAGACACAUGUCUGGCGGCCUCUUCAGCCUGACUGUCCAGAGGGCGCAGGUCAGCGAUAGUGGCAGCUACUACUGCCAUGUGGAAGAGUGGCUUUUGAGUCCCAACUACGCCUGGUAUAAGCUGGCAGAAGAAGUUUCAGGACGGACUGAGGUCACAGUGAAGCGGCCAGAUAUCCGCCUGAAGCUGAGCCAGGCCCAAGGUAACAUCACAGUUCUGGAAACACAGAAGGUAGAACUGGAGUGUGUGGUCCUAAAUCGCACCAGUGGGACAUCCCGGCUUGCUGUGGAAUGGCAUGUGUGGAAGCCCAACCACCCAGAGAGAGAAACGGUCGCCCGCCUGAGUCGAGAGGCCACCUUCCACUAUGGGGAGCAGGUUGCUAAGAACCAUUGGAAGGGGAGGCUGCAUUUGGAAAGCCCUUCUCUGGGAGUUUACCGCCUCAUUAUCCAGAAUACCGCUGUUCAGGACAGCGGGACAUACAACUGCCUUGUGGAGGAGUGGCUGCAGAGCCCCAAUGAUGUGUGGUAUAAGCGGGCAGAAGAGUCAUCCGGACAGACGAUUGUCACAGUAUUGAGACCAGACGCCACACUGCAAGUGGACACCGUUGUGCCCAAUGUCACGGUGCCAGAGAAGUCUCCUUUCCAACUGGAUUGCAACAUCUUAUCCCGUUCAAGUCAGGAAUCCCGCUUUGCAGUUGCCUGGUACGCUCUCAGGACUAAAGCAGGAGGAAAGAAAGGCAGCACACUGGAGGAUGAGGAGAUGGAGCGGAAGGCCAUGCUAAGUGUGGGCCCAGACGCCGUCUUUGGCCCUGAAGGCAAUCACUGGGAGGGCAGACUCCGCUUCCAGAGGCUCUCGCCCGUGCUCUACCGGCUGACGGUCUUGCAAGCAGAUCCCAGUGAUACAGGCAACUACUCCUGCCGAGUGGAAGAAUGGUUGUCCAACCCUCAGAAAGAGUGGUACCGACUGACCGAGGAGGAAUCUGGCCCAAUCGGCAUCCAGGUCCUCGACACAGGUUCCACCCUCCAGUCCAUCAUAUGUUCCAACGAUGCCCUCUUCUACUUCGUGUUCUUCUAUCCCUUCCCCAUUGUCGGCAUCUUGAUCAUCACCAUCUUACUGGUCCGCUUCAAGGGUAGGAACUCUAGCAAGAACUCUGAAGGCAAGAACGGAGUGCCCUUGCUGUGGAUCAAAGAACCCCAUCUUAACUAUUCCCCGACCUGCCUGGAGCCUCCUGUUCUCAGCAUCCACCCAGGAACCAUAGACUAACGGGAAGACUGGGGUGGACGUGGCAUAUCAAGGAACACAUGGAUCUUUGUUGCUUCCCUUCCUCUGUACUGUAGGACAGCAGCCGCUAGGCUCUGGAGUCCCCCACCCAGAGGGUUUUCAGACUCGGAAAGUUUUAUAAAAUCCCCGAGCCAGUGACAGAGAGAGAUAGACACUUGUUGCUGGCCCCCAGCAGAACCCCUCUGCUCUUUAUUUCUGUUGCCUGGCUAGUUACUCUGGUUCUGAUGUCAUACCCCUACUGUUAGAGAUUUCUUUUUGGAAAAUAGUAUUUCCUGGAGCCACUUUGACUGCUGAACUUAUAGUAUUCUUUGAUGGUCAUUAUAGGGGUUUGUUUGUGGGGGGUUUUGGUCCAGAUCUUAAAAUCACUUUGGUUCACUUUUUGAAUGGAUGGAAUCUUCCUCACCCCCAAAUGGUUGCAAAAAGAGCAAGAACUAUGGACUGAUGAGGGGCCUUUUUUGAGACUUUUUUUCCUUUUGCACAUUUUUAAAAAGCUACCCCUGAAUCAAAAUUUACUUGCAUAAAUAUAUUUGAAAAUAGUAUGUAGCACAGGCCCAAUUUGUAUUUUUUUUCCCUUCAGCCCAGCCCAGAGUGGUUUGAAUCACUUUGUAGUCAAGAUGAAAGCCUCAAAUUUUACUUCAAAGGACCGUGUGCAUACAAGAGAAAAGGAGUCCUUCGGAAGCCCAUCAGGAGCAGAUGUUGUCCUGCUAACUUGUCCAUCAGACCAAAAAGGCUUUACCAGGAGCUUGCCAAAAAAAGAAGGAGGUCAGAGUUCAAGAACACUCCUUCUCCAAACUAACAUAGGCAGAAGGAGGGCUGCUUUCAGUUCAUUUUUAUCAGUCAGUGGAUUAGAGAGGAAAAGGAAAAUUGCUCCAUUCCCAUUGGUUUGAGCAAUGAGGUUUGGUCACUAGGUGAUGGCAGUGACCUUUACGUGCAUGAGACUUUAGUUCAUGAUGCUUUGCCAGACCUUUAAGGAGGCCAGGCAUAUGGUGAGCCUGGAGCCACGCUCUAACAAGGCAGUGCAUGUGGUAGCAAGUUAGAUGGCAGACAGUAGGGACUCCCACCAAUCAGAUUUGUUGAGAGUGGGAGAUUGAGAGGAGAGGGGAAGGAUUUCCUAGGGUUGGCAUCAGUGAAUAACAACCACCACUCAUUCCUAAAUAAGCGUUGCUUCUUUGCUAUCAUUAAUCUUUCUUCCCAUGUCCUCUCUUCAGAAGAAUGUUGUCUGGGAUUGGGAAGAAGAGGAAAAUUACCCAGUAUUCGCUAGUAUAAGUUUUUAGUAACUUGAGUACCUUGGCCAUUGUAUGUGGGUGCUUUUCUUCCUUACCCACUUAGAUUUUUUUUUAUGAUUUUAGAUUUAUCAUUUAGCAGUAGCUUGGACUUUUGUCCCCUGGCCCAAUCCUUGAGUCUUCCUGCUGAGAAAGGUUAAUUCUUUAGAGCCUCCUAGACACGACCUGGGAUGAUGCUACUACCAUUUAAUGCUGUAGGACAGAAUGCUUUGCUACUCUGGGUCAUCGGUAUGGUGAAGGUAAGGGGAGCUCAAUUACUUUCCCUCCUCUGUCCCUUGCCCUCUUUCAUGAAGAUGCUUUUCCAGACUUUUCCUUCACCUGUUGAACUUGACCAACAGUGCCAGAUGGUGGUGGCUGCCCCCAACUGGUCCAGAUUCUGAAUUCCAGAGUAGCCCCCAGUCUGGAGGAACCCCAUCUCUCCUGCCUCCUGACCUUGACACUAUACCCUUUCUCUUGGGCCCCCCCUCCCCAGAUCCCACUAUAUGUUGAAACUGAACUCUGACAAGUUUCCAGGAACUCUAGCCGAAACAGGGAGCAGGAUCCAGAGGAUAGAUAGCUGAGGAACUUUCUGGCCACACCAGCCUUGACCUCAGCCCUCAGGGUGGCCCCAGAGGUCUCAGCAUUUGCGUGUAGGGAGCAGUGUGUUCAUUAGACGCUUUUCACCUGUUUUCUGCUAACCCACCUGCAGUGCGGUGAUCAGCCUAGUAGUCGUUUUUUUUCCGACAGCCUGGCAUGACCAGGGCUGGUUAGCACCAGCCAUACCAGUACUCUACCUUCAGAGAACACCUAGGCACUGCCACCUUAAUCACCCUGGCUGCCUAACCCUCUUCCUUUGGCUUAUUUUUAUUAUCUACUCCAUCAGCACUUAGAACAUAUGGCAUUAUCUCAGUUGUCAUUGUAUUGGGAAACAAAACAGUCUUUUGGAAUUUGUAUUUCUUGCCACCUCUAUUUCAUUUCAGGGAAGGUGAUUCCCUAUGAGAAGGAGCCGGAAUAGACUGGAGGAGGGUGGGGCAAGACCCUUUUUCUAUCUGAAAGGGAAAGGUGCCAUAGGGUGGGAUGGGUGAGCUGUUUCUUUCCAAGAUUUUGUGGUAACUCGGAAGGAAGCCACCUCAAGCUGAUUGGCGCUUAGAUGAAGGGAGAAGAUACUACAUGGCACAAAGUGUGUCAGAUUCAUCAUAAGAAAUCUGCUGUUGAAAAAGAAACUGAAGCCAGUAUUUUAUGAUGAUGCUGUGUUUUCCUUCGGUGCCAUCAAAGGGUGAACUUGGCCUUUGCGGGUUUUCAGUAGAACCAGCAACAGGACUCGCCCAUUUCCAUGGGAAUGGUUUUCUUUCUGUGGUCCUUCAGACAAAUGGUCAAAUGGCGCCCUCCAGUGGCCCCAGUCCUUCAUUUCACAUUGUUUUCUGGGGCUUUGUCCCUCCCUGGUCCCAAGGAGGAAAAGCAGCUUUGAUGUAUUAUUAAGUAACCUUUGUUAUAAAUGCAAUACUGAUGAUGGCACAUUUAUGAAACAGUCACACUGUGCUAGGUCCUUCGAAGGGACACAGACAAGAUGAGGACCUCCUUCACCAGGGUGUUUCUAUAAAAAGUUUUAUUAUUCUUCCCAAACAAUGGUUCCUCUGCGUUAACUUGAGUUGGAGCGAAAAAGGAGGGGUGGAAGGACAUUGCCCAUGCAUGGUGUGGAAAGCUGUUGGAUUUUUUUAAAGAAAACUAUUUGUAUGAUGUUGCACUAAAAAUGUUUUAUAAACACUUCAGAGACCUGUAGUAAAUUAUGUUGAAAGUAUGACUGUUUCUAUUUACUUUGUUUCAAGUUCUUUUGUUUCAACUUCAACACUUACUCCAGUUAUCCCUUCCACAUCUCAACUUUCCCCAUUGAGAUUUCAACAUAUCGCAGGUCGGCAUAAGAAAUUAAAUGGGAAUUUUGGGGGAGUUUUGUGGAAGGCACAGAUGAACUCGAAGGCCAGCAGAUGACACAGAAAAGGUUUAGAAACUCAGAAGUGUGUAAAGUAUAUGUAUAAUGUUGCAUAAUUUCACUAUAUUUUAUCUUUUAAUGCCGUAAUAAUUCAGAUUUCUUCUGAGAAAGAAAAUUGUGGAUUUCCCAGAUUGCAGGGGUGCCAUUCCCCUAACCCCUGUUAUGUGGAAGAGAUAACUGUGCUUCCUGCAGCCUCUGACUUCUCCAUCUCCAGGAACAAGUUCUGGGCUUCCUGAGCCUGUAAUUCUUACUGCUGGUAGAGAGAACAUUGCAACAGGGAGUCAGAAGACUUGGAUUCCAAUCCUGGCUGUCCGCUUAACUUUUGAUUUUGAGUAAGCCUAGUCUGUCCAUGAGUUUCCUUGUCUACUCAAAACGGGUUAAAAUGGUUAAAAAUAAAAACAAAAACCUCUGUGGUGGUAAAA